UAUCAAUCUUAUCCUAUCAGCUCCAUGGCUGGAGGUGGUCUGGACCUAUCUGAACGAUGAGUUCCGAGGUCCAAUGGAGACCAAUCACCGACGCUCCAGAACAGGAUGCAUGAACUGUCGAGCUAUCCGCACCAAAUGUGACGAAUUAAAACCAAAGUGUCGCCGGUGUAUGAAUCGUGGAGUAGUUUGCAAAGGGUACGUCAGAAAGCUACGAUGGGUUGGAGAGGCACUGCCGACGAUAGCUGCCACCCGAAAGCAAAGGUCGGAUCUAGUGGUUCAAAAGCAACAAGCUGAAAUCAAAACGGGAUAUGUCUCAACACGGCUGCAAAACUUGAAACUUCUGUCUACGGUAACUCCCCUGGACGCUCUUGAUCGAGCCCUUGUCGAGCACUGGAUGAUGAUGACCCUCCAGCUGGUCUCCUUGGACCCAGCCGCUACAUAUUAUCUUGGGCAGAUGUAUGAUGAUCUUACGUCCAAGGAUGAGUCUCUCACCUUGCGGGCAAUGUUAUCAAACUCGGCCGCCCACCUGUUAACUCUGGGAAGAGUACCUGAAUCGACCUUUGUCCUCUUGCAACAACAAGCGUUCACGGCGAUGCGGUGCUCACUGAAGAAAUUGGUCGCGGAGUCAAGCAUGCUCUUCAGCAAUAGAAUGCCAAUCCACAGUCUCCACAUGCCAUUCUCAUCUCUCGACGAUGAUGCGAUUGUUGGUUCUUUGCUGUUGAUCGACGAUGAAAUCAUCCGGCCCGACAAUUGUUAUAGUGCUGUUCGAGUGCAGUUUCUCCUUCAGGGAACAUAUUCCUUAGUGGCUGAGCGCCACAAAUAUUUCGAGUGCCCAUGCCCACGCCCCCAUCCAGCUCGUUCAGAACCACACUACAAACUGGACAGUCCUUUAUUUCAAUCUUCGGUGUCGUUUUUGGCUUGGGCAGACAUUAUGUCUUGUGUGCCAUGCGCGAGACCCCCCAUACUGGACAAGAGAUACUGGCUUGAAGGAGCAAUCAAGACGUCUCGAGAGAAUGCUCGAAAAUUGCAACCCAAUAAUGACCUGGGUUACUGUGCCCAAGUACUUUCCUUGCUGGGUGACUGCACGACUGCCGUUCACAGUUUGUAUACGCAAAUAAUCUCGGAGGAAGAAUUUACUCAGAUGGGAAGCUAUCUACAUCAGCAGCUCGACCAGGCGAUGGCAGAUUUGCCAGAACCUAAAGAGGCCAGUAUUGACACGCCAAUCCAAGGCUUGAUCGGAGUCAGCAAAGCUACCAUGGUCGAGGGGCAUAAUGCCUGUAUAGCAGCGGCUAUCUGCCACGGUCUCGCGACUCAAAUAUUUCUAUUACGUGCAACAGACCAUGAGCGCGAGUCGCCACAGGUCACAACGCUCUGCGAUCGCCUCUUCAGCUCUCUGCGUCAACUUUCCGCCAAUCACAGUGUUGUAACGAUAUCGCUAUGGCCGUUAUGGGUCUUGGGCUGCGAGAGCCAUGGCGGUGUCGACAACAGUACGAAGGAAUUUGUUGUGAUGUUCCUCGAAGCAGUCUUCAAACGGCAAUGCAUGAAGAAUGUGGAAAGGUGUCUUAUAACGUUAAGAGAGGAAGUAUGGACGCUGGAUCCAUCAUCGACUGACCAGGUAUGCGAGAAACCCCCGGUACCACAAUCCGCAUGGGUAUGGCACUGUUACAAUCAAGGUAUCAGGCUGUUACUUGCCUGAGCUUCUUCAAGACAACCCAGUAGUGGUCAGAAAAGCUUGUACUGGAUCGGACUUGCAGAUCAAGUCUUUGAUAGGGAGACAAUUUCUGAUAUUAUGAAAUGGUUUUACUAGCCAAUGCCUGCCAAGACGUCUCACUACGGAUAGCUCUCUAGUAUAUGG